AGAAAUUAUAUCAGCUUAGAGUCUUAGGUAGCUCACAAUGGCAGGCACUAAGCUAGUAGCACUUGGGUUCAUUGUCCUCAUGAGCAUGGGGAUAGCUAAUGCCGUGAGGGUGGCUAGAUACUCUGGUUCUGAUGGAAUGGGUACAGGAGGUGGUUGGGGUGGUGGGUACGUGAAUGGUGGUGGCUCAGGGUCUGGGAGUGGCACUGGGUCUGGUGAGAGCGUUUCGGGUGGUGCCCAUGCAUCUGCUGGAGGUGGUGGUGGAGGCGGCGCCACUAGUCAAUACAAUGGGUCUGGGUAUGGUGGAGGGUCUGGGUCAGGUUCAGGUUCUAGUCAAAAUAGUCGGUAUGGAUCAUCUGGUUAUGGAGAAUCUUCCGGUGCUGGUGGUACCGGUGGCGGCGGCGGUGGAGGACAAGGUGGUGGUUUCUGGGGAUCCAGUGGCCAUGGGGAAGGUAGUGGCACUGGAUCUGGUUCGGGAUAUACUAACAGGUACGGGUUUGGGCCAAGUGAUGCACUUGCAAACGCUAAUGGCAAUGGUGCUGGCAAAGGUAAUGGUGAGAAUGGUGGAAGUGGUGGUGGUCAAGGAGCUGGAUCUGGGUUCGGUGAUGCCAACCCCUAGUUUCUGCUACAUGGUCAAUGGUGGAGCCCAACUUUUGUUGUUUCACGGCACAACUUUUAUCAUCGUAAUUUCAUCACAUUAUAAAUUCAGUAGAUGCAAGUUAAUAAUAAAGGACUCCACUGCUCCAUUCAAUGUAGAGGCUAAGUGUAAGGUGCAAUGAGGAGACGUGCGUUGUUGUAACCAUGCGAAUAUUUCAGAGCAAUAAUAUUCUCCUGUCAUUUUCUCAACAUUUCA